CGUGUGACCUCCAACCUAAUCAGACUUCCCAAAGGCUCCGCAUAAGGUCAUUACGAGAUGAUAGACAAUAAUCAUAACGUUGAUCUCUCCCUCAGCGUGGCAGGUUACGAUCCCGCUGGCAAUGGAAGCCACAGCUCGCCCCAGAUACCUGCCAACGCCCACCCCCUGAAUACUUCGAUGUCAACCACCCAUCCUGAACACAGUCUUUUGUCGACCCCAAGCGUGUUAGACUCAUCUGGUCAUAGCCAGACAACUAACACGAGCCGCCGGUCAUCCACCGACACUGCGGAGCUGACCGCCAGCAAUCUAGCCGCAGCCUCCAGCAUAUCCGACUACGCCGACUCUCAAGCCCAGGACAUCGGAGCAGACCCUCACUCGCUUGACAACGAUCGCUCUCCCACCAGCACCAUUUCACAGCUCUCUCCAAUACACAACAAUGGCUAUCACCCCACCAUAGGGUAUGGACACAACGGCAGUCCUAACCAGCACAACGAUGACUUCCAACAGCUUUCCCACAUCUACUUUUGCACGUCGAUUCCCUGCCUCGACCCUUGUUGCUACACUUGUACCAACUCCUCUCGCUUGCAGGAUUACUACCUAACCGGGCUCGGCGCGGUCUUCACAGACUACCCGACCUAUUCGGGAUUCUAUGGUGACGAGUUACUGGCCCAUGUUGAAGACCAGGAGUAUGACGACAAUGCCAGUCCCCUUACUUAGCACAGCGGAGGACCAUAGCAGGGGAUGCCCACCAAAUGGGACAUGCCUUCCUUUGCAUCAGCGGCGGUCCCUUGUCGGGAGUAGGGAGACGGCAUCC